UCGACCCGCGGGGUUCCCCUGCUGCCCAAUCACACGCUGUCAUCUUCAUUCACUUCGUACUAGUAAUAGUGGACUGUUGCCUGAGGGUGUCAGUCAGUGAUCGUCAAAUCCAGGCAAUCAGACGUUCCCCAGAUGCCUUGAGUCACUCAAGGUUUAAAUAAAUGAAUAAAAGAAAGUCUGAUUGAGCCCCUCCCGCCUCUAUAUAUCUAAUCCGCGGACUCUCGCUUCCUUUCCCUUCCCCUUGACGGCUGCCCUCUCUGAGCCGCCCAUAUUAGUACUACUAAGUGUUGAACAAGAUACACACUUCCACCCAAACCGUCAUCCGCCACCUUCAUUUCCUUACUAUAUCAACUACUACGCGCCGUUCCCGACGUCUACUCCACCUGUCCUUCCACCAUGUUGCUGCGUUUCCUGUCUCUGACGGGCGCGCUCUGUCUGACCAGCUGUGCUGCGUUAUCUCUACCUUCCACAAACAAUAUCGAACUAUCAGGACUUAAUCCCGAACCUCGAAGCCGGAUCAUCGCCCGUCCAACCAAUGUCCCCACCGCUCUAUGUUCCUUCGCAGAUGCAGAAUGCUCGAAAGAAAUUGAUCUUCAUUCCUACCUGACCCUGGACUUCUCAACCGAAAAUGGCACGCUUCUCGCCAACCAUGACCCGAUCUUCCCACCUACUCUGCCAAUGCGGUUCCAUGCAGUCCGGCAUUUUCACUCUGGCCGAGAGACGGUUGAUUUAGCCUAUGAACUCGAUGCCCAACCCAUGCCGUCACGCCCAGCCGAAGUGCUUGGAGGCGUCUUCCUUCUGAAACUGAGACUGUUUGACCUACGGGGCCGACCCGCUUCCGACUACAUUGUCACCAUCACCCUUUCUCAAGACUCCGAUGGAAACCUCCAGAUCACUCAACUGGAAACCAACCCCAUUCUCAGUCACCACCACGACGAACCGCCGUCGUCGUGGGUGGCCCAAUUAGCAGCCGGCCUUGAGGCAAUGAAGGACGCUGCCAAGAACUGCAUGCAUGGUUCGGCAUCGAAGAAUCCGACCGCGAGACCCCAACACGGCCACAUGCAGCCGCCUGUGGAUAAGCACCGUACGAUUGCUCCACAGAGUCAUCCGCAUCAUCACCACCACCGACCGGGCUACUGGAGCGGCAGAGAGAAGAACUUCACAAGACUCGUACGGCCGGUGGUUAUGCCUGCUCUUCUGGGCGUCAUGGCGGGUGUGGUCGCCUGUAUGGUUGGAUUCGUGUUGGGAAGGAUCAUCAUCUCCGUGUGCUACUGCAUUCGGGGCUGCAGGAGGCAGAAGACUACCGUCUCCCAGAUAGACGAGUUGGAGAGUGCUCCCAGCGAAAAGGAACGACUCUUGGCGAUGUGUGAUGAACAGUCCUGAAUAUUGUUCCGAUCAUAAGUCUAUGAACAACCCCGUUUUUCAACAAGCAAGGCCGGCUGGCCCAAUGGUAAGGCGCUUGACUACGGAUCAAGAGAUUGCAGAUUCCUCUUGGAUAAUACAUGACGGUGGUUGUGCAUACCAUGCUCUGUUCGCAAUCCGUUAUAUCAGUGACAACCCAGCAGCACUACUACAAUGACUUAAAGUCACCACAACAACCACCCUCACAGAAUCCUCCCACCAACAACAUACCACUC